AUGUCAGGAAGCAAAGUGUUGUUAACGUAUAAGCGAAAGCGGCAAUCAAGAACAGAUCCUGUACAGGUACAUGAGUGCCGUAUUUCACUUUUUGUUGCUCCCGAUGAUACUUCUUUAAGCAAACCACCAGACUUGAAAGUUCAUUUGAUUGAUAAGCGUUCGUCAGAAAAUUACAACAGAAAUUAUGCGACUAGAGUCGCGAACACCAUGCUAUUUCAUAUUAGGUUCGAACGAGUUCAGUUCAGAAUCAUAUUAUACACGUUCAAGUUGCAGCGCCCAACUUUCCAUCUCGCUGCUGCUUCUGCUCCGACUUAUAAUGCUGAUUUCCUGACUUAUAAUGCAUUGAUUUUGGGACUCUGCAAGGAGGGUAAGACAAAGAAAGCUGCUUAUCUGGUUAAAGAACUUGAUAGAAAGCGCUUUGUCCCAAAUGCCGCAACCUUUUCUGCCCUUAUUGAGGGGCAGUGUGUGAGAAAGAACUCGGACCGUGCCUUCGAGUUAUGUAAAAGCAUGAUAAGGAGUGGUUAUCAUCCUGAUGAGCAUACUUUUAAAAUGCUGAUAUCUAGCUUCUGCAAUAACAGGGAUUUUGAUGGAGCCGUCGAAGUCUUGAAAUAA